CAACACCGGCUUUUGAAGUGGAUCCUUACUCUCCCUCUCUCAUUUUGCCUCAAUUUAUAAAGUCCAUUCUCCCAUCAAAUUGAUGCACAAACAAAGAUGGCCACAAAUCCCAGCAGCAGCGAGACGAUAAUUAGCUUGACGCUCCUAGUAGACAAAAGCUCAAACAAGGUGGUGUUUGCAGAGACCGGAAAGGAAUUCGUGGACUUCCUCUUCGGACUUCUACAGGUACCUCUCGGUUCCAUCAUCGCACUUCUUCGGGAUAAUGACUUGGCACCUGGGUCAGGGUCCCUGGGCACAGUCCAUGAGAGUGUCCAAAACCUUGACCCCUCCUAUCUUCUUCCAAACCAAACCAAGGAAUCUCUCUUGACCCCUAAACCAGCAUUCGAAUCUUCAACUCUUACCCCUCCAUUACUGCAAAAUUUCGUUUCACCUGACCAACAGAGAAGGACUGAUUCCUAUGGCCGCUCCUAUGGACGUCAAAACGAUACUGAGCCUGGGUAUGUUAGAGGUGUGGUGACAUACAUGGUUUUGGAUGAUUUGACGGUGAAACCCAUGUCAACCAUUUCUAGCAUUACCCGUCUCAACAAUUUAAAAAUUAAAGACUUGGGUUCUGUCCAGGAGAAGAAGGUCGAGAUUGACAUCAAGAAGGGCUUGGAGCUGAUAAAGGUGUCACUCUACUCCACCACAGUCCUGACAGACGUUUUCCUUGGGGUUGAAGUGUUAAAAAAUGAUUUGUAAAAAAUAUUUAAAAGUAUUUUUUUUUUGUUUUUUUAUAUUAUUUUUUAACAUUUUUAAAUAUUUUUAAAAAAUAAAAAAUUUUAAAAUAUUAUUAAACAAAUAUUUUCUUAAUCACCAAAAAAAAUUAAAAAAAAAAUGUCAGCGGGAUAAAUGAAGGGAGGAUCCCUAUCAUUUCCCUUUCAUUGGACACAGGCUGUCAGGGAGAAUCUUUCAAGCCAAUCCCAAGAAGCAUAAAGCUACCAUGCCGCAUAAAGCUAUUAUGGCGCUGGGCGUUUGUAAAUGUAUGGAUACGUGUGUAUGUGUGUAUUUAGCAUGGGUAUGUGUGUAAAAGUAUUUUGCUUGGGAAAUUCUUCAACCAUUUAGAGUACUUCUAUAUGCAAGCACACGGCGCACCAAUAUGCGGACGAAAGAUGACGUGGCAAGUUAAAAAAAGGAGAAAAAAAAGGAUGGAAAAUAAGAAAAAGAGGGAAACGCAGCUUCCUUAAGCUUCAUCGUUUUGUCCCGUCCAGUCCCUGCGAGAGGUUCUUCCCCGACCACGCAUGUACAUUUUCCAGUGAAUCUUCUCCACCAUUUUCAGUGUCGCCACCAACCCUGCUACAUACAAGCGGGUUGCGCACCCGACCCGCAUAUUAAUUGUUAUUUUAAUAUUUUAUUAGAUGUUGUUCCUUCAUCUAUCCAACCAUUCUGCAGCACGCUUCAAGCUCUAACUUUCUGAAGCCAAGCCAACCAUUCUGUGGGUCAGAAUAAAGAAUGAACUGGGAAGACUAGGCAGAAAAAUAUAUUCUUACCUGCAGUAGCGGAAAGACAACCAUACGAAACCUCUAACAGCAGAAGGCAGUAUCUAUAUUAUAUACAGUAGAGCUUGAAGGAAUCGACCUUAACCACUGCUCAACUUUCAUCUCGCAGCUCUUCUACCCUCAAGCAAUAUGGUUUGUUCCAUCACUACCUACACACUAUAUAGCACUCUAAGCCUCUGUUUUAGCUUCCCGAAACAGAGCAUCCACCACCAACUUUUUUUCCGCAACUUCUCCCUCAAGCCGAGCGUAGCCAACCUCGAAGCACCUUUCGCCGUCGCGCAUCAUCCUCCCGAGGUUAGCACUUCGAUAGUUUUUUUCCCUUCUCUCGGUCUGCACUCUAGUUAACUUUCUCCGUCUCUCACUCUAAAAUCAUGCUCUCUAUCUCUCUGUCUUUUGCCACACUAAUAUGCUGUAGCCGAGCCACCCUCUGUUCCAUCGCCGUUGUACUCCAACCAGCCCAGCUCAGUCGCAGUGUUCAUCUUUCUCUGUGCCUUCAUCUUCGAAUGGGUGGGCUGCCGACACCUUUCUUUUUCCUCUGUGAGUUGCUGUGCAAAUUAUAGAAUUUUCAAGUGUGGAUCGUAGCUUUUCCCCGUUUGACUACUGCAUCCCUUUACUCAAACUUUUUGGUCCCUUCUCGAAGAUUAUUUUCCCCUAUAGACAGAGCAUGCAAAUCCUUUAUAUUUGAUAGGGGGAGGAGUCUUCGAGCGUCUCAUUCUUCAGUGAGAGUGAGUGUGGGAGGAGAUUUCGAUGGGGGAGGAGUUUCAAAUGGGGGAGUCUUCGAGCAACCCAGUCUGAAAAAGAAAAAAGAAAGAAAAAUCAAAAUCACUCUCUUCCCGCUCCAGACAAAACGAAAUCACCUGAAACGCACCGUUUCAUUUUUCCACGUCAGUAUUGGUUCGCAAUUGGGUGCGCUGCGCGCCUGCAAGAAGAGUUUUCCUUACUGACCAUUUAAAUGGUUUUGGGAAGAAUAAGAAGAAUUUCUGGGCUGUGUGUAUGUAACUAAUAACUAUAUCUGGGUUUUACUAAAGCUCAGAGCUAUAUAUUUCCUAUGAUUCUCCAUAUGAUUAAUCAUUCAGGUAAUUCUUUAUCA